ACCACUCUCAAUGCCACUGCCCUCACACCUCAUCACCACGCUCCCCACUUGAUCCUCUCCUCCGUGAUCCCGAGCUGACUGACCUCUCCUUCCACCAUCGCUCGCUCGCAUCACAGCUCCAUUCUCCAUUCUUCCUAGAUCACAGCUCAACGCAAGCAUGAUCCCGCGCGGCAUGGCGCCGCUGCUCGCGCUCGUGCUGCUCGGACUGGCAGCGGCAGCGUCGGCGCAGCAGGAGGGCAAUGUGGCUGAGCAGUUCGCGGCCUCACUCGCCACCCGCUUCGACGCGCCGCCGUCCUGGCCGUUCCCGAACCCGCGCCUCCGGGCCGCCUACGCCGCGCUGCAGGCCUGGAAGCAGACGGCCAUCUUCUCCGACCCAUCCAACUUCACCGCCAACUGGCUCGGCCCCAACGUCUGCGCCUACACCGGCGUCUACUGCGCCGCCGACCCCUCCGCCUACGGCCUCCUCACGGUGGCCGGGAUCGACCUCAACCACGCCGACAUCGCCGGCUUCCUCCCCGCCUCCCUCCCGCUCGGCCUCCCGGACCUGGCGCUCCUCCACCUCAACUCCAACCGCCUCUGCGGCAUCAUCCCGGACACCUUCAAGCGCCUGCGCCUCCUCCACGAGCUCGACCUCAGCAACAACCGCUUCGUCGGCGCCUUCCCGGAGGUCGUCCUCGCGCUCCCCUCCCUCAAGUACCUCGACCUGCGCUUCAACGACUUCGAGGGCGCCAUCCCGCCCGCGCUCUUCGACCGCCCGCUCGACGCCAUCUUCCUCAACUCCAACCGCCUCCGCAACCCCAUCCCGGCCAACCUCGGCAACUCCCCCGCCUCCGUCGUCGUGCUCGCGCACAACAAGCUCGGCGGCUGCAUCCCGCCCUCCAUCGGCAACAUGGCCGACACGCUCGACGAGAUCGUGCUCAUUGACGACCAGCUCGUCGGCUGCGUCCCGCCGCAGGUCGGCCUGCUCAAGAAGGUCACCGUGUUCGAUGUCAGCGACAACAGGCUCCAGGGCGCCAUCCCGGCGGCUAUUGGCGGGAUGGCGGCGGUCGAGCAGCUCGAUUUGGCGGGGAACAUGUUCGAGGGCGCCGUGCCGGCUGGUGUGUGUGGGCUUGCUGGGCUCAAGAACUUCACGUACACCAACAACUUCAUCGUCUCGCGACCGGGGUGUGCGCAGGCCACCGCCGACGGCGCGUGGAACUGCAUUCCUGGCGCGCCCGCACAGCGGCCGCCCGCGCAGUGCGCCUACGCUGCGGCGCACCCGUUCGACUGCAGCAAGUCGCAGUGCCAGGCUGGGGCGGCGUACACUCCUUCGCCAACUCCCACGCCCACGCCCACGCCAGGUGGUGGUGGACACACCGGAGGUGGCCAGCCUUCGACGAGCCCAUCGUACCCGUCGCCGCCGUCAAGUGCCACCACUCCGUCGUCGCACUCACCGCCGUCCAGUGGCACCACACCGUCGUCGCACUCGCCGCCGUCCAGUGGCACGACACCUUCGUACCCGUCGCCGCCGUCCAGUGGCACCACGCCUUCGUACCCAUCGCCGCCGUCGAGUGACACCACGCCAUCGUCCCACUCGCCACCUCAUGGAUCCACCACGCCGUCACCACCCAAGGGCUCGACCACGCCGACCUACCCGACGCCGCCAUCAAGCUCCAGCACCCCAUCGUACCACUCGCCGCCCCAAGGACACACCACCCCGUCGUACCCGUCGCCACCGCAGGGCGGCUCGACCACGCCGUCGUACCCGACACCGCCGUCAAGCUCCAGCACCCCGUCGUACCACUCGCCGCCGCAGAGCACGCCGACAACACCGUCUUACCCGUCUCCGCCAUCUGGCUCCACGACGCCGGUAGGAGGCGACGCGCCGCCUCCCCCGACCUCGUACAACAAGCCGGACGGGCGGUACGCGCCGCCGCCGGGCUCGUACGGGCCCAACCCCUCGACGCCCCCGUCGUCCACACCGUCGUCCGGCUCGCCGCCACAUUCCUCCGGCAACCACCCCACGCCUUCGCCGCCCACAAAGUACCCGGGCUACGCGGCGCCGGGGACCCCAACCACGACGCCUCCAUCAUCCACGCACCCCGGCACCCCGUCGUCGCCGUCAGGAACACCAACAACGCCGUCCUCGCCAGAGCACUGCGCGCCGCCAUCGCACGGCGGCGGCACCGGCGGUCACCCGACGCCCACGCCGUCCGGUGGCCACCCGACGCCCACGCCAUCCGGCGCGAACCUGCCGUUCCCGCCGGUCUACGGCGUGUCGUACGGGUCGCCGCCGCCUCCAGUGAAGCCGCACUACUAGUUCUCGAUGGCCGGAGCAGCCGCCACCCAUUGUCAGCUUGUCACCACUUACACUCACCAGUAUAAUACCUCAUCUUCCACCUGCCAUUAGUAUUUUUACAUCUUGGCUUCAUUUCUUCUUCUUGUUUCUUGCGAGUAUUGGAUCGAGAUCGGUCUACAGAGACUGCCCCUCCUAUAUAUGUAUUCUUUCUCACUUGGAUUGGAUGCCCAGAUUUAUUAAAUUAAUUUGGAUG